CAGAGAGAAAGAAGAAGAAGAAGAACGAGAGAUGGCUGCAUACAUUGACAUGUCGAGGAUUCCUUACAUCCCUGGGAGGUUGCACGCGACCAACAACCCGUACCAGAGAUACGGUCCGAAGGGUUUCAUGGAAAUCAAGGUCCUUAACAACGACAACCUCUACGUCCGCGUCGACUUGCCCGGUGUUCCAGACGACGCUAUCCGCUACAGAGUCGACGCCGUGAGACAAAAGGUUGUCUUUUUCUCCGGCGAAGAAACCCACCGCGACGGCUACAAGGCUGAAGAAGUGCGCGAGUACUCCGGGACAGCUGGUCUGGGCUGCGACUGCUGCGAGAUCACCGGCGUGGAUGCCAAGAUGAAAGACGGAGUCUUGAGGAUGAUUCUCGCAAGGGUCAAAGUGAAGGACCACGACAAGAAAUGUACUCACUUUCUGCCUCUUAACACAGGCAAAUCUGGGAGAUACGAUGUGAAUUCAUUUAACUGGGUUGAAGUGGAGAGUCAUCCGUUUGUGGUGAAAGGUCGCAAGGACACGUUGGCUUCCCAACGAACAUCUGAUGGAUGUUUUCACUUCUCGGUGGAUAUGCCUGGUGUUUGCGGUGAUGACAUGUUCGUGCUUCCCAACGAGAACGAGAUCAAGUUCUAUGGUGAGAACAAGGAGGUGCAUGAGCACGAUGAGAGUUGCCGUAUUUUCCUUGGAGCAGUCAGCAAUCGUCAAUGCUGUUCCUAUGGGAUUCCGCUUUUGAACCACAACAUCUCUUGGGAUGCAGAGUUUGGUGUUCUCAAAGUGCGUGUUUCACCACCUCCUCGCAACAACAAUGAGUAAUCAAUCAUCACUCUUUAAGAUAUCUACUACGUACGUUUCGUUUUUCAUAUAUGUCAUGUCUGUUUUUAUAUUUUGGAGACCUUAUGAUU